GGCUUUGUUUUCGUCGUGUUGGUCUAUUAUAAUGGAUCGAGUCAUUGUGUUGUCAUUUUCAACUACAAUUCGAAGAGUUCGUAGUUAGUUUCACAGCUGGAACUCCUUUCUUUGCCUUUCUUUGCGGCCAGAUUUAUUUGAUCGCCGCGCAAGAAAACCUUCAUGUUGUGCACCAGAACAAUGUGUACACUGGCACCGAUGGCGAGGCAUACGUGUAGCUGCGUGGUAUUUUUAUUUCUAGCCUUUAUGACCUCGCCGUCCUUGAGUCAUCGAGUGGCUAUUAUCGGAGGUGGCAUCGGCGGAAGCUCCGCUGCUCAUUUUCUACGCCAGCUCCGUCCCGAUGUUGAGAUUGUCUUGUACGAAAAGCGGCCUGAAGUCGGCGGUCGAAUGACGACCAUCGAUGUGUCCGGCCAGGUAUUCGAGGCAGGAGCUGCUAUUUUACAUCCACGAAAUUUGUACAUGAAGAAUUUCACUGAAUUGCUCGGUCUGUCAGCAAAGCUGGACGAAACAGAGUCUUUUGGCGUCUACGAUGAUCGACUGUAUAUGGUGAAAAGCAGCAGCUCCCCGAUGUCCGUUCCGCGCGACCUCUUCAACAUUCUGCGCCACUGGGGGUUUGACCCGUUCAAGAUCGACUCUAUGGUCGCUUCGCUUCUGAACGACUUUGAUCGCCUGUACCGGGUGCAGGACGGCGGGCGUCACUUUCGGACGGUCGACGAGCUGUUCGACGCGGCCACGCCGGACGGCACGUUUCGGCACAUGCGGCGCUCGGACGCCGCGUGGUACGCGCGCAACCUGUGGGGCCUGUCGGCGGCCACCGUGUGCCAGCUUCUCGGCGCCUUUGCGCACGUCAACUACAACCAGGACGGCGACACGCUGAACGCGUUUGUGAUGGCCGUGACCCUGGCCGGCGUGCAGGACGGUCUCUGGGCGGUGGAGGGCGGCAACCAGGAGGUGUGUAGAGGACUGCUUGACAAUGCCGACGUUGCACUGCGGCAUCAGGCGGUCAACGCAGUCCAGCGGCUUGACCGAGCGUCGUCGUCCGUGGAGUACCAGGUGAGCGCUGGCUCUGGCGAGGCGGACGUGUUUGAUGCCGUUGUCAUCGCAACGCCACUGCAGCAUUCCGGGAUCGAGCUGAACGGCUUUGCGCACAGUGCGAGCACAAUGCACCGCGGCGAGUACCAACGCACGGUGGUGACGUUUGUCGUUGGCCAGCCGAGUAACGAGUACUUCGGACUGGAUGCGUCGAGCUCGACGUCCUUUCCCAUGGCCAUUGCCGUAUCAACUUCAGCCGUGGCUCCGUUCAGCUGUAUUGGCAUGCCCGGAUCAACCAUACAUAAAGAACCGGCACAGAACGAGUCCGUGUGGAAGAUCUUCUCACCGGAACCGCUGGACGAUGGCACUCUGGACAAGCUAUUUCGUGCAAGACAGCAUGUCACCGUGCGAGAGUUUGCCGCCUUUCCCAAGUACAGCAGCACACCGGUGGAGCUGCCGUCGUUCGUCCUCGAUCAGGCCGUCUUCUACACCAGCCCCAUUGAGUGGGCGGCCAGUGCCAUGGAGAUGAGCGCCAUAUCCGGCCGCAACGCCGCGCUCCUGGCCAACGCGGCUCUCUCGCGGCGCAGCUGCUUGGAAAGUGGACACCGCAGCUCCGACUCUGAGCAGUCAUGCGCAGCCCCACCUGGCGGGUAAUGCCGAUGAAAGUGCUGAAUGCUGGUUCGUUGUUCACACGGUCAGUGCGUGGCAGUCACCGAUACUCGAUUCCCGACGGUCCAUCUAUGCACCAGGGAAUGCAGUAUAGUAAAACUCCUCAGACCCGGGCAGGUUGGGACCGAGCACUGCCCACCGUAACUAGGAAUUGCCCGUAUCUCAGAACUUGCAUAGUUACAGCAUGCAAGUAACAUUUUUUAUGCGAAUCAAUAGUUUUGGGGACCGUUUUUUUUGUUGAAAACUGUACAUUUUUGUGACUAGAUGAGUCAGAAAGGUGCCCGGAUCAGGACGUCCGCAUCUGGGGAGGUUACUGUACAAUGUCAUGUUCUAACACAGCUGCAUUUCAACAAACUGCCUACAGAAACAAAUGUGCGCUGAGUAUCCAUGCACUAAGACUUAGUGUUGCCUGGAGUUGGCAGAAGAGAUCGGCACAGGCUGGCUGUGUUUUAGCCCCAGGUUAUACUGUGCUCGCAUCAAUGUUCAAGGAUGAAACUGUCGGAUGCCUGGCUGCAGCAAACUUGGAUGCCUGGCUGCAGCAAACUGGUUGGUCCUGAGACCAUCCUUAGCAGAUGAUUCAUGUUGCAAGCUACCACUCCGAUGCUCUGAUCUCUGCGUUACGACAAACUUUCUCCUUUCUUCGAAUUGGUGUCAAGGGGAGAAAGUCUCCUGGUAAGAUUCUUGACUUGA